UGAAGCCCAGAAACAGUAGAAUAAAAAUAAGAGGACGUUGAACACAAGCUGGUGUAUCAACUCCAUGCCUGCAGCAACGUGAGCUGAGGAGAGAGAUGGAAGCUGUUGAGUUUGAUGAUAUUUUAGAUGACUGGUUUAUCGAAUCCCUGAAAACGUACAAAGAUCUCCACGUGUAUCAGCUGGAACAUCCCACCCAGGUGAUUGAGUGGACGUCAGAAAAGACCGUCUGUGUCACAGGCUACAGUCUGUCGAAAAAUGAAAUUUUGGAGCUCCGUUUGCCUCUGAAACUUUUUGCCGAUGAAAAUAAGGGUCUCUGUGCAGAACGAGAUUUCAAAGUCGCCCACGGUGGUUUCACAGACGGCCCGGUCCGCCGCCUCAGGCACAUCCCAGGAACAAGGUGUGUUGUGACCAAUGAUGGGCUGAGCUCUGACCUGCAGGUGUGGGAUCUCGGAGGAGACGACAGUGAUGUGAUCAGGAGAACAGGAAGUAUUGCGGGGAGGAGGAAUGUUUCGGAGAGAGGCAGCAGGAUCGCAGCUCGACUCUCAUCACCGCCACAAGUCCUUCAUGGAGCUCAGAGCAGCGACGUCCAGCUGACUGAACUGACCUCAGGACGGACUCUUUAUAAGCUAGAAACCGACUCAACAGAUCCUCUGAGUUUCUUACAGUUUGUGAGCGACACCGUUUUCCUCGCUGGCUGCUGUAACGGAAGUGUUUACGUCACCGACACUCGAACGUCAGCUGCUCCUCAGCUUUCACCCCCACCAGCAUCUUCAGGUGAUUCUGUCCUCUGGUGGGCAGACGCCUCUGUAGGUCCACAUCCCUCCAGCUGCAGGGUCGUCCGACUCUCCUCCUCUGGGCAGGCGGUGGUUUCAGAUCUGAGGAGUCUGGGAGGAGGAGCUGUGUGUCAGGCUCAGCUGGAUGUCCAAGAACGUUGCUGCAACCUGGAUCACAUCAGAGUGUCGUGGGCGCCGACGCUGGAUGACUGCAUCUCAGUGUCAGGUUUCAGUGGGGUUGUUCAGAUCUACAACACAUGUGGCUGGAGUAUGGAGCUGCAGGAACGUCAGCCACUGUUUCAGCAUCGUGGUCAUGUGGUUUCGUCACAACAGACUGAUGACAGCACCCCUGUCUUUACCACCGCCCACAUCUGGCAUCCUGAGCGGCCACGGACCCUGCUUUCUGCGGCUUCGGAUGGCUCUGUCCAUGUCUGGGACUGGGUGGACCCAGAACAAUCAGCUGCUGGCAGUCCAAUACCAAGAACAUAAUAAAGAUCCAGUUUACCUGGGAAAAAGACAAUGAAACAAGCUCAUGUAAUUACUGAGGCACUGCUCCACAAACUGAUGUGGAUCAUUAAAAAAAAAAUGUAAAAAAAAUAUAAAAGAAAAAGAAACAAUGAAACCAGUGUUGGCCAAAGGCAAACAACAGAAACACUCAUCAUUUUCUGAUGUAGCGACUUGAAAUCUGUCCUGAGUAGUUAUCAGUACUAUCAGCAUUUUUAUGAUGAAACUGGAAUAUAAGUAAAGAAGCAAUUUAGGGAAAAACAAAUAGAUUGGAAAAAUGGAAAUUUGUUUAAUAAAAAUCAAAACAGACCAUUUAUGAAUUACAGAUAAACUGCUGUUGGAUUGAAGUCACAGUUAUUCCUGGUAACUAAUCGCAUUUAAAUACAAAUGACUGCAGAUGGCUGCUGGUUUUUGUAUUAGAACACAUUGUGUUGCCGUCUUUAUUCACAAAUAAAAAGUCUGCAACUUAGGGAGCAUGGUGACAUGCACCUGAUGCACCUACUUUAGUCUUGGAGACAGCAGGCUCCUGAACUGAAGAUUGUUAUUUCUUCUUUCGGUUGUGGUCGAAAACCCAACUCUCAUCACUAGUCAUGAUCCAUGACAUUAAGGUUGAGCCAGUUUGACAAAAUUUGAGGUUUUCCCCCUGUACAAAUUUGGUGUACAUGGUGAAAUUGCAAAUGCACAGACCGGGACUUUCAGGAAGGAAUACUAGGAGUGGAGUAUUGCUUCACAAGAAGACUACUUCAAAGAGAGCACCUCCAAAAUGUAAUCUACGUAUGGCUUGAGCUUUUUUUUUUACUAGGUGCAGUCAUGGAAUGUUUUGAAAUUUUCAGGAAAGGUCAGAAAUGACAAAAGGACCAAUUGAUUAGAUUUUGGCAGUGUUGCAGCUUACAGUCUGGAUCCAUGAUUUUCUUUUUAAACAUUUCUGUAUCAUUGAUGACAGCAUGGUGUCACUAACUAUAACAACAAGUGAACAUAUGUGAGCCGCCUGCUGACGAGCACACGAUUGAGAGCCAACUACAAAUCCACCGCUGCAGACUUACCUGUUGGAAAUGAUACGACUGAGCAGCCUGGGUGGAGUACUGCUCUCUCUGAGUGCUUUUCUAGUUUGAUUUGUUAAUUUCAAAAAAUCUCUACAAACCUAAAUCAAAGCUUACUUUUAGUAAACUUAAGAAAAAACUCCUGUAGGCUUACAGCAUAUAGAUCUCAUCAAAAACCAAACAAAGAUCUUUUGCCUGUGGAGAACUGCGUCACCCUACUUCACUCUAUCCUGUCAUUUUUGGUUCGAUGAUUCUACAGUCUGAUCAUUUCCCAUUUUUACGUACUGACCCAAAUAACCCAACUUGAAGACCAUUUUCUUUGUAGAAACUGCCUCUAUUAAAGUCCUAGUAGAAUUCUGCCAUUUUUCAACUCUCUAAGGGGUGCAAAAGAAAUGCUAUGUAAACACUGUGUAAACACAGCCUGCAGUCGCCCUGAAUUUUGCUGUAACUGUUGAGUUCAAAUGGACCAGUCAAGGGUUUUCAGUUGUGCUGAGAAGAGUUCUGCAUUCUCUUACAGGAUCUGGUGCAGACUGCUUAUUUUUGGAGAAUUUUUAAAGAAGCAAUGUAGAAUAAAAUUAAAAUUCUGAUGAAAUUUUAUAAACUUUAAUUAUUUUAAUCUUAGAUGUGGUUAAUUUUCCUAAAUGAAUUUAAUUCACACAUAAUUAGAUCAAGAAUCGUUGAAAAUCCCAAAUCAUUUGUACAGUUUUUGGUGUAGUUUGAUAAAUGGGAUCAGAUGGGACUAAACUGACAAUAAAAGUGAUAGAAGUAAUUUAGUGACACAAAUGGAAGCUUCGAUAGAACGAAUCGGCCAAUUUGAGGUGACAGUAACUAAACUGAGUGACGGAGACAAACAUUUGGAGCAGUACAAAUUAGUUACUAAAUUUAGACAGUGAUUCAUUGAAACAUGUACCUUCUUUUGACUGCUCCCGCCAGCCACACUUCCUGCAGGUCUUGAAUUGACAAGUCACUCCAGCUGCUAAGAGGAAAGGCAUAUAGACGGCUGUUAGAGCUGAAAUCAUACUUCAUUUGUUCCCAGUCCACUUUCUGACAUAAUAUUCUCUUGUCUACUUUUUUAAAUAUGCCAUACUCUCAAAACAAAUCCCACAAUUAAACUACAUUUUGUACUAGA